GUGCCUGGAGAGAAAAAAUCUGAAAAGGCAAAAGAGGCAUUUACAAUUUCCAGUGAAAAAACAAGUGUCUACAUCCAACCAUUCGAGUUUAAAAAAGCCAGUGAGGUUUUUCUAUCCCAUUAUUGUGGAAGAGAAGACAAAUUGAGAGAUUUCACAAAGUUGAUAAAAAAUUACCUCAGACAACUUAAAACUUUUAGCAAGGAAGAAUUAGAUAAGAUUAGCGCCUUUGCAAAGACUAACUUUGCACUGCUAGGCCCACCUGGGACUGGCAAGACAUUGUUUGUGCAUUAUAUUGCUACAAUCACAAAUAGGUAUUUGAAAGAAGAGUUCUUGAAAAACAACCACAAAGAUGUUUAUGAAAAACUUAGAAACAAUAGAGAACAGUUGGAAUAUUACAUGGACAAUCAUAUGCAGUCCAGAUUGUUGUUCUGUGAAGUGUCUAGCGGCAUAACCAAUAAUCUUUAUUUUGGUCAAUCGGAGAAAAAUAUUAAUAUAUUAUUUGAAGCAGCUAGAAAGCUUACAGAAGGCGAGGAUGCAUUUGAAGCAGUGUUCAUAUUCUUUGAUGAAGGUGAAGUGUUCUUCGGCAAGCGUGUGGCUGAUAGCACAAAUCAAACAACAUCCAAUAUAAAAUCUGAGCUUCUGCAGCGGAUCGGAGUGAGACCUACCGACAAAUAUAGACCAGUGUUUGUAUUUUGUGCAACCAACAAAUUUGACACAUUUGAUAGUGCCUUUAAACGUAGAUUUGGAAAUCAGGCUAAAUUAGGCGUACCAAAUGAAGAAGAAAGGGACAAAUAUGUAAGAUUUGUGUUCAAGGACUUUGAUUUGAAAGAAAAUGAAAUAAAGUUGAUUAUUAGUCUUACAAGAGGACGAUCGCAAUCAUUUCUUCCAAAAUAUGCCCAAGAAUAUUAUAUAGAAGAUGAAAACGGACAAAUCGUUGGUCUAAACCUGAAGCAAUUUUUAAUAUUUUUAUACAAGAAUAGAGAUAAUAAAGAUCUGAUAUGA